CCGACACUGGAUGCCAUUCCCCACUCGGCCAGAGGACGGGACACGGUGAGGAGCUGCUGUGUCACUCAUUCUUACCCCCCUCUCCUGUCGUCACCCCCAUCGUCCUUGUUGUUUAGUUGACUUUUUAUAUUAGUUCGUACUUUGGUUAGCUAGUUUCAGUCAUGUACCGGUAUUUCGGGGAGCUGCUGAGCCGCUCUGCGGGCACUGCCCUGGCCUCGGGUUGCGUGGACUCUGCUCUCCCGGCGUCCUCCUCUCUGAUGCGGGUCCGUCACUAUGCCGACGCGGUGGACAAAGCCGACGACCCCAACUUCUUCAGGAUGGUCGAGGGCUUCUUCGACCGCGGUGCCUCCAUCGUGGAGGACAAGCUGGUGGAGGACCUGAGGACCAGGGAGACCCCCGAGCAGAAGAGGAACCGUGUGCGGGGGAUCCUGCGCAUCAUCAAGCCCUGCAACCACGUCCUGAGCGUGUCUUUCCCCAUCAGGAGGGACAACGGGGAGUGGGAGGUGAUAGAGGGCUACCGCGCCCAGCACAGCCAGCACAGGACACCCUGCAAAGGGGGUAUCCGUUACAGCACAGAUGUGUCUGUGGAUGAGGUGAAAGCUCUGGCCUCUCUGAUGACUUACAAGUGUGCCGUUGUUGAUGUGCCAUUUGGGGGAGCCAAAGCCGGAGUCAAGAUCAACCCCAGGAAUUACACUGAUAAUGAGCUGGAGAAGAUUACCAGGAGAUUCACAAUUGAGCUGGCUAAGAAGGGUUUCAUCGGACCUGGCAUCGACGUCCCGGCCCCAGACAUGAGCACAGGAGAGAGGGAAAUGUCUUGGAUCGCCGACACAUACGCCAACACUAUUGCACACACUGACAUCAACGCCCACGCCUGUGUGACAGGAAAGCCCAUCAGCCAGGGAGGAAUCCACGGACGUAUCUCAGCUACCGGUCGUGGAGUUUUCCAUGGUAUUGAGAACUUCAUCAACGAGGCGUCCUACAUGAGCAUGCUGGGUCUGACCCCUGGCUUCCAGGACAAGACCUUCGUCAUCCAGGGCUUUGGUAAUGUGGGUCUCCACUCCAUGAGGUACCUGCACAGAUUUGGGGCCAAGUGUGUGGGCAUCGGUGAGAUUGAUGGAGCCAUCUACAACCCAGAGGGCAUCGACCCCAAGCAGCUGGAGGACUACAAACUGCAACACGGCACCAUUGUGGGCUUCCCAGGGGCCAAACCCUAUGAUGGAAACAUUUUGGAGGCUGACUGCCACAUCCUGAUCCCUGCUGCUGGAGAGAAGCAGCUCACCCGUGUCAAUGCCCCCAGAAUCAAGGCCAAGAUCAUUGCUGAGGGUGCCAAUGGUCCCACCACCCCAGAUGCUGACAAGGUCUUCCUGGAGAACAACGUCAUGGUUAUUCCUGACAUGUACCUGAAUGCUGGUGGUGUGACUGUGUCCUAUUUCGAGUGGCUGAAGAAUCUCAACCAUGUCAGCUACGGAAGACUGACCUUCAAAUACGAGAGAGACUCAAACUACCACCUGCUCAUGUCUGUGCAGGAAAGUUUAGAGAGGAAAUUUGGCAAGCAGGGAGGACCCAUCCCCAUCGUCCCUACUGCUGACUUCCAGGCCAGAGUUGCUGGUGCCUCUGAGAAGGAUAUUGUUCACUCUGGAUUGGCCUACACCAUGGAGAGAUCUGCUCGGCAAAUCAUGCGCACAGCAAGCAAGUACAACCUGGGUCUGGACCUGCGGACGGCCGCCUACGUCAACGCCAUCGAGAAGGUCUUCAAAGUCUACAAUGAGGCUGGACUUACCUUCACAUAAACGGCCAAUCGUGACCCAUAAUCGCCCCUGACCCCGCCCCUUCACCCCCCUGCUAUUAAUCACCCUCUCCUGCCUUCUUAAACCUUGUAAACAGCCUUCAAAACAUAUCAGUGUUUACUGUUGCUCUUUGGCUCUUUCUCACACACACACACACACACACACACACACACACACACACACACACACACACACACACACACACACACACACACACACACACACACACACAUAUAUGCA